UGUUGAUACUACUUGGUGGCGAGCGAGUGUUGAAGGUUAAAACGUUACGUUUAAACCUCUCUGCAUUGCAUUCGCAUAUGAUCCGUUACCGUUAGCAACAACGAUGGAUGAUUCGAAGCAGCAGCAGCAACGGAAAAAAAACUACCGAAAGAGAAGCGCUCCAACAGACGAAGAUGAACUUCCUCAAUCUCAAAGUAACAAUGAAUCCGACGACGAACGAGAAAGAAGAAUGGCAUUGGAGGAAAUUAAGCUCCUCCAGAAGCAGCGGGAAAGGAAAUCGGGAAUUCCAGCAAACCCUAGUUUGCAGGUGCAGAGUGGAACCGGCGGCGGUUUAGCUGCUAAAGCCGCCGAAAAGAACGAUGGCGAUGGCGGCGACAAGGACGAGCUCGUUCUUCAAGACACCUUCGCUCAAGAGACCGCUGUUAUGGAUGAAGACCCCAAUAUGGUGAAUUAUAUCGAGCACGAGUUAGCGAAGAAGAGGGGAAGGAAAAUUGAUGCAGCGGAUCAAGCUGAGAAUGAGCUGAAACGUGCUGAAGAUGAACUAUAUAAGAUCCCUGAGCAUCUUAAAGUAAAAAGGCGAAAUUCAGAAGAAAGCUCUACUCAGUGGACUACUGGUAUUGCUGAGGUUCAGCUUCCAAUCGAAUAUAAAUUAAAAAAUAUUGAAGAAACAGAAGCCGCCAAAAAGCUUCUACAGGAAAAGAGGCUUAUGGGUCGAACAAAAUCAGAUUUCAGCAUUCCAUCAAGUUACAGUGCUGAUUAUUUCCAGCGUGGCAGGGAUUAUGCGGAAAAACUUAGAAGAGAACAUCCAGAGUUGUACAAAGAUAGAAAUCACCAGGAUGAUAGUUCUGGAUCCAAGAAAAAUGAUUCCAGCACUGAUGCAGCUGGAGCAGUCCAGAGGCAGGCUGCAACCGAUGAAUUCAUGUUAGAGCGCUUCAGGAAACGAGAACGUCACCGUGUAAUGCGAAGAUGACAUGAAUGCUAUAUUUAUGGUGCACUUUACGACAGUACAUCAAAGAUUGGUGGAAGUUGAGCUUCUGUUGAUUGGGAUGCCACUGAUUUGCACCAGUUCCUUAUUCAAACUGUAGCAGAAGAUCAUUGGGCUACUUGAGCGUUAAUUUCUGUUGGUUCUUUUCCUUUUAAGAACAACUGUUAAGAAUUAUCAAGAUUAUAUUAUUUUAAUCACUGACCGAAUGAGAGGCCUUAUGUCAAGAGGCAGCAAAAGAAUUGUAAUAUUCAGCACUCCUUUGAUUGGUCAUCAAUAAGUUGCUGUUAGCCUGUAAGAUAUGGUAUGAACAGUUUUGGCAAUGGUUAGAAGAAUGGUGGUGAUGCCACCAGGUUCCUUGUAAGAGGAUCUGUAUCAGACUGUAUGCAUUUUACUGACAUUCAAAAUAUUUAACUUUUCCGUUUGACAA